AUGAAUUAGCCAUUCACAAUUGCGAAUCAUUUCUUUAUAGACAAAAAUAGCAAAUCCACUUCAUUUUGGGAUAAAGAUUUUAGAAAAUUGUUACAAAAUGAAAGGGAUUUUAAUCUCAAUAACGAACAUUGUAUCUGUUUGUACAAAAAAGGAAAAUUUCUCAAUCAAAUCAUCGAAAGAUAUUACACAAUAUAAGGAGCAUAUCUUUUUUAUGGAUAUAAUGUAAAGAUGAGAGAAUCUAUUAUUUUUUCAGGACUUAAAAGGUUUCCGAAAAUUAGAAAAUGUCUACAUGCGAACAGCCGUUGAUUCGAGUACUUACCCAUACCAAAUACAAUUAAUUCAUAAUCAGUCUCAAGUCAUUUUAUAUUCUAAUUCGGAACAGAAUUACAGCUAAAUUAAGAAUCAAUUAGAAUAGUAUUGCAUAUUAAUUGGCUUUCACUCAUAAUACACUAUUAUCAAUUAAAUUGGGUUUGGCUCUACGGCAUAGGUUUAAAUUUUCACUGAUAAUUUUAGGUUUAUAUAUCAAAAUCUUAAGCAAAUGGUCAAUGCUAUGCAAUCAAGAGAAUUAGGAAAAAUUCAAAGCUCAAUCCACAAUUUUUGAUGGAAGAAAUUUAAAUCAUGAAUGAGCUGUCUCAUCCAAAUAUAAUAAAAUUGUAUAAAGUGUUCGAAACAAACAGUAAUUAUAUUCUCUUUAUUAGAGCAUAUCAAUAUGGUAUUAGAAUUAGUGGAAGGAGGGGAAUUGUUAAAGAGUCAUCGUUACAAUCUUCGAGAUGCUAGGAUGAUUUUUAAAUAAUUGGCGACGUGUGUGGAUUAUAUGCAUUAAAAAGGGAUUAUGCAUAGAGAUUUGAAGCCUUAGAAUGUUCUGUGCAAAACUAAUAGCAUUGAGAUAGUGUUGGCUGAUUUUGGCCUUGCAACUUGGAUCAAAAACAAAUAGCAUAUCUACUAUCGUUGUGGAACAACUGGAUAUGUUGCCCCUGAAAUUCUCAAAUACAAAGAAGGAACUAAAAUGUACACAGAGAAAUGUGAUAUUUUCAGUUUAGGAGUGAUUUUGUAUUAAUUGUAAAGAAAUUGCAUUAAUAUAUUUAAUGUAGGAUUUAUAAUAUUCAUCCAUUUAAAGAUAUUGAUAAAACUAUAGUCUUAUAAAAGAAUCUAAAUGCAGAGUUCAAAUUUGAUGAUUCGAUUAAAGUUCCAUAAAGCUGCAAAGAUCUAAUCACUUUAAUGCUUAAAUAAAGUCCAAAAUAAAGGCCAAGUGCAGCUGAAAUAUUACGACAUGACUUCUUUAAUGAAUAACUCUAUGAACAAUCUAAUUCAAAUUUCACCAUGAUCAUUUAAGACACCUAGUAAUCUAAAAAGUUAUUUAUUGUAGUUCAGAUAUAAAAAGAUCAGGGCCAUCCUUGAGUUUUUAAAACGUAGAUAUGAAAUUUUCUACAAUCAAUAAUGGUUUUAAACUAUUUGAAGAUGAAGUGGAUGAUAACAUUGAAUAACAAUAAGGUACUGAUUUUUUAGAAUUAUCUCCAAUCUGGACCAAAAGAAUCGAUCUACAUCGGUGCACCUAAAACUAAUAAUAACCCAUUUCGAUGGUUUUUUAAAGAUAGUAUUCAUAAGAUAUCAAAGGCAAGAAAUCCUCAAUAUUUCGUUCAGAAUUGAAAUAAAAAUCAAUCCAAAUGCUAUAACCUUUAUUAGAAAAAUCACAAUUAGAUUUUCAAGAUUAUCAUCAAAUCCCUUAUGUUAAUCACAAUAAUAUGUUAUUGGUCCACAUGAAAUGA